AUUAAUAGAGAAAAAGUGAAGUACUCGGAGAAAAAAAAAAAAGCUGCUCACGCAGAAACGGAUUAACAUGGAUCCCAAACACAGUGGAGGAGGGAAACGCCUUCCCAGAAUAGCUGCUUCUCUGAUUAUGCGCUUUGCCUCAGAGAGGGACCCCAGCUUCAGUGUGCAAAGGUCAGGUUUGAGGGCUCCUCUGACUCCACCGCUUCCAUCUAGCCUUGAAUUUGUGGAUUUUCCUGACUUUACAGCAGGAGCCACAUCCAAGUCCCCUGACUCCUUGGUUCCAGCUCCUUCAGAGGAGUCCAGUCCAUCUGGACUCCAGUUGACAAAAGGCCAUAUGCUGACUUCAACCUCCAUAGAGGGUGAUGAUGACUUGGAAGAGGAAUGCCUCUCUUUGAAGAGCCUGAACAGCCCUUCUGAAGGAGACGGCUUUUUACCAGGUCAAGGUGAUACAGCCGAGAGCUCCCCUAAAAGAGGAAAGAGGACUGGAGUGAGGUUCACAGACUGGCACAAGAAUCGCGUGGCGGCUCUGUGUAGCGAACGCUUUGAUAAGCUGCUGAGGGAAUGUCCUGAAUACCACAGUACGAAAAGCUGCCUUGCUGCUUUUGUCCUGGAGAGAGAGGUGACUGACACAGGAGGGCGGUGUUGCGAGCAAUAUGAAGUGGUGGCGUUGGGCACAGGGCAGAGCUGCUGCAGUGGUUGGCUCUGUUUUACAGGCUCCAUCAUCCAUGACUGCCAUGCCAUCGUCAUUGCACGCAGAGCACUAAAAAGAUAUUUGUAUAAGCAGCUCAUGUUGUUCUACAGCUCUGAGCCAGAGCUUCAGGAGCGCUCUAUAUUUCAGAGCACUCCCACAGAGCUGCUGCUUCAGAUCAAACCAAAGAUCUACCUGCACCUCUACACCAACCAGACCCCAAAAGGGGCAGCACAAUACAUAAUGAAGUCCUAUAGUCACGGCUACCAAUCACUCAAGCUGCAAUGCCAUGCCAAAGGCUCUUUGAUUCCUGCAGCUUUCCUGUCUCCCAGUGUUUGGGGUGCUCGCAUCUGCUGCAUGUCUGACAGUGCAAAACUCACCCGCUGGACUGUCACAGGAGUUCAGGGAGCACUGCUGAGUCACUUCGUUAAGCCGUUGUACAUCACCAGUGCCAUUCUUGGUGAUGCUAGCCAUUGCUCUGAUAUAGUGUCUGACACAAUCAACAAGCGCCUGGGGACUGGUCUGAAAGAUGUCCUGAUCCCCCCAUACCAACAAAAGACCAUCUUCUUCCAGCAUGGAGAGAACGUGGAACCAGCUGCAAGUUCAGACCACUGCAAAGAUCUCAGUGUUAACUGGUGUCUGGGAGACUCCAGCAUUGAGAUCCUAGACAGCAUAACUGGAUAUGCCAUCAGUGGCUCUCCUUUUGUGAGUGGACCCGGGCUCUCCAGUAGACUAUGCAAAAGAGCACAGUUCUUCAGCUUUAGAAAAGUUGCAAUGCUUUCUGGUCAGCAAGAGCUUCUGUCAUUUGUAAUCUACUCCAAAGCCAAGAUGGCUGCCCACUUGUAUCAAAAGGCCAAAGCUAUGGUGAACCAGCAGUUCUUAACCAGCGAUGCAGGACCAUGGAACUCAAAACAUCUGGUGGACAACUUCGGUUGCUGACAGCAUUCUUUCUUUAAUCUCUUGUAUUGUUCUUUGUUAAAGUAAAUUUACAUCCAGCCAAAACACACCGAAAUGCUUGAUCAGAAGUUGAACAAUGCAUAUGUACAUGUUUCUCUCGUUCUAAUAUUGUUACUGGUUUUCUUGUGGUUUUGUUUGUUUGCUUUAACCCAACUGUUUUUUGGCUAGUUGUUGUUGAUCAUUCAAGAAAAACUAAAACUUAUACUUAUUUGAAGCUAAAAGAUAAAAAAAAAA